UAUUGCAUAAAUAGAACAUUACUACAACAUAUAGAGGAUCAGUCAAUUACCUUUAGAACAGCAUGAAAGAUUUAAACUUAAGAAAGAAAGAAAGAAAGAACUACAAAAGGGGAUAACUUACAAAAACAUUUUCAUAAGAAAGGGAUCAAUAAUUUUUUUAGACAGAUCUUUCAAAGCUCCAAUGCAACGCUUAAGUUAAAUUUAAAUAAUGUUACGGCUAUAUGGAUCAGACCAUUCUGUUAUAUUUAAAUACGUCAAGUGCUUCGACCAAUCACCGCGGAGUGGGGGCGUAACCAGCAGGAAAAGCCCAAAUGACGGAAACGUCUUACCUAGCGGUGCAGUUUCAACCUUACAGUACCAUGAAUUAUAUGUAUAUAUUCUCAGUUUGCGGCGUUGCGUGACCCUAUGGAUGUAAUCUGGCGCGAACUGAAGAUCGCAAGCGACUUAUUUUGGUAAAAGCGGGAUUAAAAAAAAAAUGAGCAACAUCUUUCAUGCAGCAUCAAAAGUGAGAUGGAAUCAGAGCACUGCGGCGAAAAGAGCGGUGUUCCUGGCGGCCGCCGCAUACGGAGCGAAAACGCUUUACCCCAUCAUCUGCAAACAAAUAAAUCAACGGAAAACAACCAAGAACGACACGCCUGCACCGGGACACGAGAACGGACUGGUAUCCGCUCCCAAAGCUGCACCGGAGACCGCCUCUAGCCUUAACAGAUCGCCCGGCGUCAAUGCGGAAUUCUUCAAGCAGAUUCUCGAACUGGUUAAAAUCGUGUUCCCCAGGAUCGUAACUAAAGAGCUGGGUUUGCUGUGUUUGCAUUCAAUAGCCCUGGUCUCGCGGACGUUCCUGUCUAUUUAUGUGGCGGGUUUGGACGGCAAAAUAGUGAAAACGAUCGUGGAGAAGCAGCCGCGGAGCUUCAUGAUCAAACUGAUGAAAUGGCUCCUGAUCGCCAUCCCGGCCACGUUCGUCAACAGCGCGAUCCGUUACCUCGAGUGCAAGCUCGCGCUCGCGUUCCGCACGCGUUUGGUGGACCACGCGUACGAGACGUACUUCACCGAUCAGACCUAUUACAAGGUCAGCAACAUGGACGGGAGGCUGGCGAACCCGGACCAGUCCCUGACCGAGGACGUGAUGAUGUUCUCGCAGUCCGUCGCGCACCUGUACUCGAACCUCACCAAGCCGAUCCUGGACGUGAUACUGACUUCGUACACUUUGAUACAGACCGCGAGAUCCCGCGGCGCGAACGCGACCGGGCCGACCCUGCUGGCGGGUCUGGUGGUGUUCGCCACGGCGAAGGUUCUGCGCGCCUGCUCGCCUAGGUUCGGUAAGCUGGUGGCGGAGGAGGCGCACAGGAAGGGCUACUUGCGUUACGUGCACUCCAGAAUCAUAGCCAAUGCGGAGGAGAUCGCCUUCUAUAGGGGGCAUACGGUGGAGAUGAGGCAGCUGCAGAAGUGUUACAGCGCCCUGGCGGAGCAGAUGAACCUCAUCCUAUCAAAACGUCUGUGGUACAUCAUGAUCGAGCAGUUCCUCAUGAAGUACGUCUGGAGCGGAAGUGGCCUGGUUAUGGUCGCGGUGCCCAUUAUCACCGCCACUGGCUUUGCUGACAACGAGCUGGCUGACGGUCAGACACAAGUGCUGGUGAGUGAAAGAACGGAGGCCUUUACGACAGCUCGCAAUCUCCUGGCCUCGGGGGCUGAUGCCAUCGAAAGGAUCAUGUCUUCUUAUAAAGAGGUCACCGAGUUGGCUGGUUACACGGCACGUGUGCACAACAUGUUCUUGGUGUUUGACGAAGUCCAGAGGGGAAUAUACAAACGUUCGUCUGCCGUCUCGGCCACGGGGGAGCUGAUAAGCGGGGACGAUAACCGACCCGAGACGCACAUCGAUGGGCCUCUGGAAAUCAAAGGAAAAGUGAUAGAUGUGGAUAAAGGUAUAGUCUGCGAAAAUGUGCCUAUAAUCACUCCUAAUGCAGAUGUGGUUGUGUCCUCCUUAAACUUCAAGGUAGAGGAAGGGAUGCAUUUGCUGAUCACAGGGCCAAAUGGAUGCGGGAAAAGCUCCCUGUUCCGGAUCCUCAGUGGCCUGUGGCCUGUGUACGGUGGACUUCUGCACAAACCCUCACCUGAGCACAUGUUUUACAUCCCACAGAGACCGUACAUGUCCAUCGGAACGUUACGGGACCAGGUCAUCUAUCCCGACUCUCUAGACGACAUGCACGACAAGGGCUACAGAGACAGGGACCUCGAAGUUAUUCUGGACAUUGUCAAUUUAAACCAUAUUGUUACCAGGGAAGGAGGGUGGGAUGCCGAGCUGGACUGGAAAGACGUUCUUUCUGGAGGCGAGAAACAGCGUAUGGGCAUGGCGCGCAUGUUUUACCACAAGCCUAAGUAUGCCUUGCUGGAUGAGUGCACCAGCGCCGUCAGCAUUGAUGUAGAGGGUAAAAUAUUUCAGGCUGCAAAGGACGCCGGUAUCUCCUUGUUGUCCAUCACCCACAGACCCUCUCUAUGGAAAUACCACACGCACCUGCUGCAGUUCGACGGGGAGGGCGGCUGGAGGUUCGAGCAGCUGGAUACGGCCACGCGGCUCUCAUUGACGGAGGAAAAACAACGCUUGGAGUCUCAGCUCGCAGGAAUCCCCAAGAUGCAGCUCAGACUGAAUGAACUGUGUAAGAUCCUGGGCGAAGAUUCGGUUCUAAAGACGGCGGAGAACAAAGACGAGGACUGAAAGAAACCUGGAGAUGCUUGAUGUUCAGGAAUACUUUUGGUACUUUUAA